UUUUUUUUUUAAUGUUUUUUAAUUUUUAUUAUUUAUUAUUAUGAUGAUGAUCAUGUGCAGCCAUGUCUGUAUGAACCCUAAAUUUUGGGGGAUUCACUCUCUUCAAUUCCUCUCUGUCAUCUGCAGUUUCUUUCUUCUUCCCUUUGGAUUUGAGUUUGCAGCAGAUCUUUCUCUGGUUGUUGUUCUUAUUGAUUGCUAAUACUGUGUAAUAAUUUGUGUUGCUUCUGUUCAUCAUUAUUUUUAUUAUCAUUAUCUUGUCCGAAUUUUCAAUUUUGGAUUGAAUUCCCAUGUCUGUUGAUGAAAUUUCACCCACUUGUUUUAGAUCAUCUGGGAUUUCAUUGUCUUGCCUUAAUUACAUCAUUUUGUUCACAUUAUUCCUACAUUUUGAUGCCAUGUUUCUUAUCACAAAAUUCUGUGCUCAAGUGAAAGAACUACCACAAAAAAAAACUUGUUUGUUUCAUACACAUAUAUUAAUUUGUUGUCUUUAGGAUUUUCAAAGAAGAACAAGGCUAUGAUCAAUGCUUGAUGUUGAGUUCUAUGGGUAGUUUUGCAAUGGUUUUCUGUUAGUAAAUUUACGCGGCGGCGACGUGUCGAGUACAGGUCGAAGGCGCGAUCAAUAGAUGUUGGCGGCGCAAUGCAGCUAUAUCACCACCCGUAUUCGAUUGACAGCCAAAAAGUGAGGCUCGCGUUAGAAGAGAAGAACAUCGACUACACAUCGUUCCACGUCAAUCCGAUAACGGGAAAGAAUUUCGAUUCCAGCUUCUUCCGGAGGAACCCGAGCGCGAAGCUCCCGGUCUUCCAGAAUGGCUCGCAUAUUCUAUUCGAUACCGUCGAGAUCAUCAAGUACAUCGAGAGGAUUGCGAUGGUCUCGGCAGGCGGCGACGAAUCGAGCCUGAGCGGCGGGGAAGUGAUCGAAUGGAUUCGAAAGAUCCAGCAAUGGAACCCGAAAUACUUCACCCUCGCCCACAUCCCUCCGAAGCAUCGUCUCGCCGUAACAAAGUUCCUACGGCGCGUGAUCAUCGCGAGGAUGGCGGAAUGUCCCGACCUAGCCAGCGCGUACCACCGUAAGCUGAAGGAAGCGUACGAUACGGAGGAGAAACUAAGUGACCCGCAAGUCCUGCGACGAAGCGAGGCACAUCUUGAGCAAAUUCUCGACGAAGCGGAGAACAGAUUAAGAGAGACGGCGUACCUUGUCGGUGAAGAGUUCAGCUUAGCCGACAUGGCCUUCGUGCCGCUCCUGAGCAGACUGUCGUUGUUGAAGCUGGAGGAGACGUACAUCGUCGAGAAGAGACCGAACCUGGCUAAGUACUGGAAGAAGGUGCAGAAGAGGCCAAGCUACAGAAAAGUUAUUGGAAGAAACUUCCAUGGAUGGAGGAGACACAGAAUGGUGAUGAAAACCUGGUUCUAUGUGCAGAUCAGGACUUUGCUGAAACACUACUAGUGUGUGUGAAUUGAUGCAUUAAAAUUCUUGUUCAAUUGUACAUCAUCUGUCUAUUUAUGUCCAUGUUUCUUUGCAUAAUCACUAGUAAGGGAAGAAAAUAAAGUCUUGUUUACGAUUUA